UUUCCGCAACAUUGAGGUUAUUUGUUUUGUUUUCUUUUAGCUUCCGGAUGCUCGAGUAUGGAAAAGGUAUCUGUCUCACUUGGACAGGUACUUGAUUACGUCGGAGAUUCAGUGCGACCGUUGCGGGAAGGUCAGAAUGUGUUUGACUCUGGCCAUAUCGUUUGCAUUGGAUACAAUCAGAAAACUCCGGAUUAUCUGCGCUUGGCUGCGUAUGUUUUGCAGAGUUCCCACCCGUCAGAUAUUCCACACGAACUAGAACUGAAGAUCGGAACGGAUUACCGUAAAUGGUUGCUAAAGUGCUCUUGCAAGGCAGGAACUGCGCGCUGCAAGCACAUUGUUGCAUGCCUCUUGCACCUGUGCCAAUUCAGAUUCGUGGAGUACAUGACUUGUACCGACUCUCGUCAAGCUUGGGGUCGGAGUAAAGCGGAGAUUACACAGUGGCGCGCCAAACCCGUGUUGCAAUUGUGUUGUGUUCGAAAACACCCACCCGUUUGUUCUUCAGAGGCACCCAAUAAACGAGAACUGCUGCAACAGGAAUUCAACAGAAUUUUACGAGCUUCUCCAAAUUCAGCAAUCCAGAAACAUAUUACCGGGAGAGAACUGAGUGCGCCAUUGCCCAUAGCAGGACCAUUGAAUCAACCUGACGUUAACGUAUAUGUAACCAGGAAUGAGCUGUACGAAUUGAUGAUGAGUGUAGAGCAAAUCUCAAACAUUGCGGAGUUUGAUACUGAUAGUAUUAAACACUUUUAUGAAAAAACUGUUGAGAAAGACGAUCAAACAAUCCUGGAUAUAGCAGAAGAGACCAAAGAUCAGCGAAACGAUGCUUGGUAUUUACAUCGCUCAAUUAGGAUAACGGCAAGUUCAUGUUAUGAUCUCUUUACAUACACUCGUAAUAAGAAUGCGGAUUGGGAUAGGAAGAUUCAGCAGUAUUUGAAUCCCAAAUUAAUACGAUCCAAAGCACUAGACUAUGGGAAGCAAACUGAACAAUUGGCCCUUGACUGUUACAUGGCAAAACGAAAUCCAUUAGUUAAGAAAUCUGGAUUUGUUGUAUGUUUGAAGGAACCAUGGAUCGGAGUUAGUCCUGACGGUAUCGAUGCUUCAUGUAAUCUUUUAAUUGAAAUUAAAUGUCCAGUAUCAGGAGAAGAACAUGAUUUGCAGUGGAUACUAGAUAAUUGUAAAGCAACUAAUGUUUAUCUUAAGAAACAGGAAUCUUCUCUUUCUUUGAAUAAAAAUCACAAAUAUUACGCACAAGUACAACUGAGUAUGUAUGUCUUGGGGUGUAAUAUGUGUGAUUUCAUUGUAUAUUCCAAACUCGCGAACGAUUUCUUAGUUGUAGAGAUACAGUUCAAUGAAGAAUAUGUAAGAAGCCUAAUAGGUGCGUUAAAACUGGUAUAUUUCCAAUUUAUGUUGCCUCAAAUCGUUAAAAAACAUCAGGGUGAUUCAGUGUAG